CAUCAAAGCUUCCAUUCUUAACGUCGGAUUCCAUCUCUGACCCACGAGUCGCAUCGCAUUUUUUCGUCGUCAAUCCCCAUUUCAAAUCGCAAAAAUGCCUCCCAAAGCCGCCGACAAGAAGCCCGCCUCCAAGGCCCCGGCAACUGCCUCCAAGGCUCCCGAGAAGAAGGAUGCCGGCAAGAAGACCGCGCCCUCUGGCGACAAGAAGAAGCGCACCAAGGCGCGUAAGGAGACCUACUCAAGCUACAUCUACAAGGUCCUGAAGCAGGUCCACCCCGACACGGGUAUCUCCAACCGGGCCAUGUCCAUCCUCAACUCUUUCGUCAACGACAUCUUCGAGCGUGUCGCGACCGAGGCAUCCAAGCUCGCUGCCUACAACAAGAAGUCAACCAUCUCGUCUCGUGAGAUCCAGACCUCAGUCCGCCUCAUCCUGCCGGGUGAACUGGCCAAGCACGCCGUCUCUGAGGGUACUAAGGCCGUGACCAAGUACUCCUCGAGCACGAAAUAA